GCGUCACACACGGCGACGGACGACGGGUUAUGUAACACACCGGAAGCGGAAGGCGGUAACGGUUGGUGACGUCAGUUCCCUGUGAGGUAGCUAACUACCAGUGGCUGUGUCGUUAGAUGCUAUUCUAGACAAACAUUGUUGAUUUCCUCAACUUUUUAUUACCGGAAAUGCAUCGGUACAUGUCACCUUGGGUGUCUCCCCCUUAAAGCUGUAGAUAUAAAGCUGUAUUACUACCGGGUAUCCGGGAUAAUAGCUCGAAGUAGUGUAGUGCGCUGUAAUUGUGGCUAACGUCAGUAGCAGUGAUGCUAACAGCAAGCUAGCUGUAGCUAACGUUAUGUUAUGACUUUAAAACUGACAAGUCUCCUUAAUGUCUAGGACCUUUUCGUAGAAACUAAGCAACUAUCAGCUAACACAUUAAUGCUCUAUUAACGUAAGAUGGCAUUAGCACACAAGGCUUGCUGGGGCGAGACAGUUUAAUUACAUAUUAAAUUAACAAUUUGAGUUGUUUGAGUAUCAAAAUUCAAAUCCACUUGACAGUUUUACUCAACUAACACUUUUUUUGAGUAAUAUGCUUUAAUUUCACUUCCACUAAAGCUUUAAGUAAACUUAAACACUUGUUUGUAAGUUUAUGAUUUUCAAGAAAUGAUGAGGUUGUAUAGACCUCAUCAAAUAGUUAUGCUCCAAGUAAAUUAAACCUACCUAUACAGUGUUUUACACUGAUAUUGAUACUUUGAUAGCGUCAAUGUACUCACAAUUGAGUCAUUUUCAAAUCCACCUCAGUGCUUCCGGGGACAUGUGGAGCCCCUUCAAAGUGAUGCUCAUUGCUCUGGUAGCAGCAUCCAGUUUCACACCCGUUUGUGUGCUGGAGUUCUGCAGCGACAGCGAGUGCCACAGUCACGACGCUACAGCGCCGAGCAGCCGGCCGCCCCCAAACGCUUUCAAGUCCAGGUGGAACGCAAGCGCUUCGAACCUCCUACGGGACCUGGACCGCUUCACAGUGUCCUGCAAGAAGCUAAUAGAAGCAUUCCCAAUCGAUGAGGGCGAAGGGAACUACGCCCGCCCUGUAAAGAACUGCAUAUUCUCCAAAUCCGUUCCAACUCCCCUGAAAGGCCCGUUGAGACUGGCAGCAGCCUCCAAGGAGGUCAUCGAGGACAUGCUAGACCUAGACGUGGCCGUGACCCGGUCGGAUGACUUCUUGCACUACGCCAGCGGUGGCAGACUUCCACCAGGAUCAGUGCCCCUGGCUCACAGAUACGGAGGUCACCAGUUUGGCUCCUGGGCCGGUCAGCUGGGUGACGGCAGAGCACAUUCUCUGGGUCAAUAUACCAACAGAAAAGGAGAAGUGUGGGAGCUGCAGCUUAAAGGCUCUGGGAAAACACCUUACUCAAGGUCGGGAGACGGUCGAGCCGUGAUCCGCUCCUCCGUGAGGGAGUUCCUGGGAAGUGAAGCGAUGCACUUCCUGGGUGUCCCGACCAGCAGGGCCGCCAGUCUGAUUGUAAGUGAGGAGCCGGUUAAGAGGGAUCAAUUCUACGAUGGCAACGUGAAGACAGAGAGAGGAGCCGUCGUUCUCAGAUUAGCCAACUCGUGGUUCCGGAUUGGAUCUUUGGAGAUUUUGUCUCAAAGUGGAGAGAUUGAUCUACUGAGACAGCUGUUGACCUUUGUGAUCGACGAACAUUUCCCUUCAAUCCAUCCCGAUGACCCGGACAGGUAUUUGGCGUUUUACUCCGCGCUCGUGAAUGAAACCGCUCAUCUCAUCGCCCGCUGGACGUCGGUCGGGUUCGCCCACGGCGUGUGCAACACGGACAACUUCAGCCUCCUGUCCGUCACCCUGGACUAUGGGCCGUUCGGCUUCGUGGAGUCCUACAGCCCCCAUUUUGUGCCGAACACCUCCGACGACGAGGGGCGAUACGCCGUCGGCGCUCAAGCCGACGCCGGGCUGUUCAACCUGGGGAAGCUGGCGACGGCGCUCGGCCCCGUGCUGUCUGAAAAGCAGCAGAGCGAGGCUCGGGAGCUCUUAAAAGGAUAUGUUGAUAUUUAUCAUAAGAGGACCCAUCAGCUAUUUAAAGCUAAACUGGGGCUUCUUGCGGAAGAGGAGGAUGACAGCUACCUCAUCGCCUUCCUGCUUAAGAUGAUGGAGGAGACCCGCUCAGACUUCACCAUGACCUUCAGGCAGCUCAGUGAAGCUUCAUUCCAGCAGCUUCUCUACAGGAACUUCACGCAGUUGUGGGCUCUGCAGGACUUGUCGUCCUACAAGCUCUUCCCUGAUUGGCUCAGCAUGUACCAGCUCCGCCUCCUUAGACAAGAAAAUGAUAGUGAUUUGGAACGUCAGCAGAGGAUGAAAAAUGAGAAUCCCAGAUAUGUGCUGAGGAACUGGAUGGCUGAAUCUGCUAUAAGUAAAGCAGAGAAAAAUGAUUUCUCUGAGGUGGAGCUGCUCCACCAUGUUCUUUCAUUUCCCUUCAUUACACAAAAGGCUGCAGAGAAGGCGGGCUACGCCGAAAGACCUCCAUCGUGGGCAAAGGGGUUAAAGGUCAGCUGUUCCUCCUGAGAGAUACUUUGACAGUGAAUCAUACCGGAGCCUUUGGAACGAAGGCCUUUAAAUGAUGGUGAAUUCAUUUGUUUGUGAUGAAACAUUAAAUAAAGUCAAAGAUGUUCAGCAA